UAUUUUUUUCCGAUGUAAGACGGGUUUGGGUUCAACUUUUUUUUAGAAUUAAUGUGACUGUUUUUUAUUUUUGACUGAGGAAUUGAUUGUUGUAUAUAGUGCGUGUCCGGUGGACAAAAUCUGCUUAAGGGAUUAAUGGAUUUUACUGGAUAAGGUGUCAUGUAUAAGUAAAAAAUCAACGAAAAGAAGAUGCUCACUAGUGCCUUCGAUCCCACCCCAGUAAAAUUAUUCCAGAAUUUCUGUGAUAAAAGGCCUUGAACAAUCAAAAAGAAGCCACGUUUCCUGUCAAAAUGGCCCCCACCUGUCAUGGUGAUGACGUGUCGUGUCAAAGCUGUUCCCAAACUGGUAUUUGUGCGGGCAACAAUAACAACAACAAUAAUGAUGAAAAAAUGGAUUACGAGGGCUCUGUGGAAACGGAACGGGCCACUAGAGAACUGGAAAACCUUAAUAAGGAAUUCUUUGUGGAAGACUUUUCCUUAAAACAAACCCAUUUCCUAACGGACGUCCAAAACUGCGUAGAAAUUGAAUCCAGUAGCAACGUCAUCAAUGUCCCAAAUGAUGGAUUCGACCUAUCCGUAGAAGAAAUUAGCGAUCCACUAGGCAUAGAAAACAUCCCUCUUAAUUCAACAUUCGUCGACCUAAACCAAGAACAAUCCUACCAGUAUCAAGCAUACGAGGACACCAUGCAUCAGCACUCCACUUCUACCGAAAGUUUCAUCAUAGAACAGGAGAACCUCAGCAGCUCAAAUCAUUGCAUAGAAAUAUCACUGGAACCCACACAAAACACCUCGAAUAUCAGUAUUAUCGAAAUCAACGAUGUAAAAACUCUUUGCUCAAGUAUAGCCCCGGAUUUUCACGAGUCAAACAUACUAGACAACACGAGUUACGUGUUAAACCUGAAGGAGAACCUCAAUGCUCAAAACAGUGAGAUAAACAGCCUCGCUUUUAGUGAGGAAUCGUCACAGUCGGUGCUAAGUCAUCGAGAUCUUUCUGAUAAUCAUUUUCAAGGCACCAGCACAAUGUUAAGUCCGAAGAGUGAUAGCGAUAUUGAACAGAACGAGACGGAUUUGACCAGUCUGAACUGGUUACAAAAUUAUACGAACAUUAUGUCAGUGCCGAACUUGCCAACACCUCCAGUGUCACCAAAACCACGAGCCACAAAGUUACGAGAUCUAUCUGCGAAAAAAGAUCCGCCACCCCGACCUGCCGAUUUAACCAUCGACAUCACGUACUAUAAGAAAAACGGCGACAAAAAACCGCCAUUUUCUUAUGCCACUUUGAUUUGUAUCGCGAUGGGCAGAAAUGGAAACAGAAUGACGCUGAACGCCAUCUACCAUUGGAUUAGGGAGAACUUUUUGUAUUACAGGAAAGCCCACCCAAGCUGGCAAAAUUCGAUAAGACACAACUUGUCCCUCAAUAAAUGCUUUGUAAAACAAGCCCGAUCAAAAGAAGAACCAGGAAAAGGAGGAUUUUGGAGGUUAGACUUAGAACGGCUGGAGGAGUCGAGACGUGCAAAGAGGCGAUCCUCACUUACAGUGAGGACACCGAAAAACGGCACCCAACCACCUUCAAAAUCGAAUGGAAAACAACAGAAAAAAAAUAAGAGGUAUAGGCCUAGUUCAGCACCUAGCGAAAGAAAACACAAUAUUCUAUCGAAUAUCUCGAUUUGUGGUGCCACCGAUAUAGAAAACGUGGAAGAAGCGGCCAGGGCCAGCAUGAAAAGCAAAAGGAACCACCCGAAUACCACAAAAACCAAUUUAAAGCCAACAGAUAACAGGAAAAUAUGUCUGGAAACGUUUGUGAAGCACGAAAACGAACCUUAUCCCGAACCUAGAAAGCUUGAAAAUGAUUCCGGAUGUGAAUUGACUAUUCCACCAUCUAUGCCCCAGGCCCCUCCAGUUACUGAAGCAGUGGCUCCACCUAUUGUUGGUGAAGAAGAACUUACUGGACUCUGCACGUUUGUCUCCAACAAUGGCUGGGACGAUUGUCAAUUGGAACUGUUGGAUUCGAUCUUGGAUUCCCUUUAGGUAUUGUGUAAAAAAGGUAUUUUUAUAGAGCCCCCGUCCCUUGUAGAUAUUUUAUUAUAACAAAAAAAUACAAGAAAAAUCUAGUCUUUUAGAAUUAGUGAAGAAAAAAAAAUCAUCCACA